UGGCGGGCGUUGGAAGUAUACCACUCCAAAGUCGUUUCAGUAGUAUCGGAAGCAUGAGAUAGUGUGUCUAUAAAGGUAUUUUAGAGUUUCUGCUCCCACUAUAGAGAGCAUACGUUCCUGAGACAAGUAAAAAACCUCACAAAAAACAAUCAGUCGAAAUGGCUCCACGGGGAGGAAAACGGGAAAAUGUCCUGGAAGCAGACAUCAGCUUUGAUUUGCAAAGACUUUUUGAUCCCUAUAAUUUUGAUCAUAUUCCAGUGGAUCAACGCCUCUCCCUUUUUAAGCAAAGGGACUUACCUCAUGUUAGACAUUACAAAGCCGCUGUAAAGAUAUUUGGUGGCCCACAUCGCAGAACAAGGGCCAUUGUUGCCCCACCUAUGGAAACUCCGCUAAAACAUCGUCUCGGUGUUUAUCACAAUGUAUUUCAACCCCCUGGACCACCAGCUCUGAAUGGGCCCCUGAGACCACAGCCUGAACCAGUGAAAGAACCCACAACAGAAGAAAAAGCUUUGAUGGUGGAAGAAGAAAAAGUUUCAAAAUACAAGAGUUGGAUAAAUGAAAGAAAAAAACUGCGGGGUGAUUUAGAUAAUCUUGGCUUGAAUGAAAAUUUCUUGGCGCGCAAACCUGAUAAAACAGAACUAGAGAAAAGAGUGCAAGCAAAGUAUCGCAGAGAUCGUUUGUGGAAGCCAGAAUCACCUCCACCCCCUGAAGUUCCCCCUGAACCAACUCCACUUCCUGAUGUGCCAUCUGUUACUGUUCCACCACCCAAUGGCUUGCAGAUCCUUGAUAAAUUUCUGGUUCUUAAUCGCAUGAGACUCAUGGACCUCUUCAGAUUGGCUGACAAAGAUAAAAGUUGGACUGUUUCACGAGCAGAAUUUUUAAGUGCAGUGUCACAGUCUGAAAUCCCUCUAACUGAGUCUGAGGUUGAUGACAUCAUUAUCACUCUUGAUUCAAAUUUGGAUGACGAGCUGGAUUACCAAGAAAUCAACAAGGGUCUUACUCAAUGGAGAAAGAACAGAAGAGAGUUAAAGAGACAGGGCCUUGCAUCUGAAUCUCCUGUUCUAGGGUUUGAAGGCAAAUCAAAGACCCCUCCUGUUAAAGACAUGAAACCCCCAUCCAGAGAAAGAGAUGGUCGUAGAACAGCUUCCCGCGAACAAAACACGGAAAAGGGUGCCUCUGUGGAAAAGUCCUCAAAGUCGACCCCGGCACAAACCCCGAGAGAGAGGGUAUCUAGGGAGUCUAUGAAGAAACCACAAUCAAAGGAAGUACUGGUUCGGGAAAGGACCGGCUCCGGCAAGCUAAAAGACACCCACUCGGUGGAUAGGUCAAUGUCGAGAGAAAGGUCAAAUGUCAGUAUUUCGAAAGUGUCCUCCAAAGAGGACAAGAGUCAGAUGGCUGGGCAUGAUGCCGAAUAUUCUGCCCCCAGUAGCCAGCAGCGAGUGCAGCUCUCUGAUGUGCUGUCUAGUAACUUGCCGUUGUCUCGAGAGAACCAGAGCGUGGACAAGAGCAACACAGCUGAUGAAACAUUGCCUGUGGACAGUGGCCUUGACCGGUCUGUGUACGAGGACGUUUUGUUCCCGUCGCAAGACACUCCGAGAGCCACAACAACAGCUGAAGAUAUUGGAGAAGAGGAAGAGGGAAUGAAAGGAAAAGAUAAGAGGUCUCCUUCGUAUGCAGAGGGUAGCCGGCCGGAGUCUCGUCGGGCUGGUUCCACUCACUCUGACAGUAGAUCAAGGUCAAGGACAAGCACACCGAACACUCUGGAGCCUCCAGACUUUGACCUCCGAGAUGAGACGAGAGCUCCGGAGUCUGCCGAAGCAAUGGUAGACAUCAGGAAACACGACCGAGUCGUGCUGAGCAGAAGUAACCUCAGAAGAAGUCUUUCUCGGGAGCAGAAAGUCAUGUUUGAUGAGCUGCCUGGUGUGAUCAAAGUCGGGUACAAACCUAUUGACGACCACUGCUCCGAGUCGACCCUGGGCAGCGGAGUUUCUGACAUGGUCAACCAGUUCAGGAGGGAGAAACUGAAGGAGUACUUUGAAGUGAAGAAACUCUGUGAAGAGAAAGGUUUACCUUUCAACCAUAAAACUUUGGAUCGUGUUCUCCUCUAUCCUGGAGAUAUGCCUACAAACCAUCUGAAAAAGAACAUUGUUCUACCUCUCGGACCGCUCACUAAUGAAGUCAGCCCAUUCAAUCAGCCAAAGCCAAAGAAGAAGAGCAAGAAACGACGCCGAGGGAUGGGGCGGGUGAGCCGAGCGUCAGGCUUGAGCGGUCUCAGCGGAGCGGGAAGUGGCGGGGUUCCUGGUGGUUUUGCGAAAAGUGGUGACGGAGCUGCUGGUGAUGAUGAUGGGGAGAGAAGUGGCAGUGGAAGCUCUAAACGCAGCUACGUGACUGUGGAGGAUGUGUACCCGUUUGCUUCCAGCGUAGCGCCGAAGGUCUACAAGGAAAACCUCAGCUCUGGUAGAGCUCUUAUCUCUCGCAAAGUGGACAACUGGAUGACGUUUGAGGAGUACAGCAAGUAUACAGAAAACCUUCCGAAUAGAUUCAGAAAUUUGAAUCGCAGAAGUAACCCGGACGCUGCCUGGCCAGGUUUCCUGCUGGACAAACUGCGACUGUGUAUGCCCCCUUAUGAUGGCAACGCGUUUGUUGACACUUAUGGCAGACCCAUCCUGAACAGAGACUCGCGUGCGUACGAAGGUCAUGGAGUUGGUUUGUACAGCGGGAAAGGUCACGCCGUGUUCCGACACACGGGUCAGCAGAAGCGUGCAUACCCAGGGUACAACAAUGACUUACUGACGUGGCCUGUGGGGGAGCACGGUGUUCGAUACGGUAACAUCGAUGAGCAUAGACUGGUGCAUUAAAUUCCUGAUGAUCGUAUGUCCUGAUUACACUAUGUCUCCCUUGUGCCAAAUGCACAAGAUCCAGGCUAGUUACCCAUCGCGGGAACCAUAAGCUGGAGAUGUCAAAACUUUCGAGAUUCCUAUUGAAGAAAGCUUGAAGACUUCAAAGGUUUUGUUUUGUUUUGUUUGUUUUUUAGUAAAGAGAAGCACAUUGACAAAAUAAUGGUCAUUUAGUGCUGGGAAAAAAUAAGACAAACAGAUAGAAACAACAGAGGGAAAGUGAUUUUUACAUUUCAGUGUCAUGGUUAUCAUGUUGCUUUAUCCUCUUUCAGAUUUCAUUCAGAGGUAAAGAUGAGCUUGGACGCGUCGGUGGCCCAGAGGUUAGGCUACCAGACUCGUAAUCAUGUAAUUGUGCGUUAAGGGGUUCAAGCGUCGGCUUGGUCCGAUGUUGUGUCCUUGGAAAAGGCACUGGCCCUUUUGGAGAUGAACGUUAAACUUGGAAGUCCCUCCUCUUAAACAACCUAAUAGUGUUGAUAGGGGCAUUAAACCUAUACCAUUUCCAUUUUAAAAAAUGAGCUGUGUUCUGUGAUAGUAGUACAUGGUGAUUUGAAUAAUUCGAAUUAAGUAUCUGAAGCAAACAAGGAAACCGCUUCUCUGUGCAAACCGCUACUACCUUUCCCCUCUGUUUCCCUAAUUUUUACCUUUGCGGAUAUAAUAUAAUGCUGCGGUGUCAGAAUUCUUUUUAAGAGAACCUCUUGACUUCCAGAUUUGAGUUUUGAUAUUAAGCCAAUUUCAGCUGUGUGGGUUAUUUCAGCAGAGGCAGAACCUUCAGUCAAAGUAGUUGCACACUCUCCGAGCACCCUCAUUACUAGAACUAAAACAUUCCCAUAAAGUGUUUGAAGACAAGACUUUUGAAAGUUCCCACUUUGUUCAACAUAUAGUAUAACAUGUAUAGCUUGAAUUAUUCGGGACCGGCCUCUGUAGUUGGAGGGAUCCGUAAAUUGAGGGAUAUCUUACAAAGAUUUAGAGUCUUUGUUUGACCUAUCCGUGUUAUUCUGUAUUUCAAAUUUCAAUCACCUCCUUUCGUCUAUUGUAAUCAUACUGUUGAUAAGGUUGUUGCCUUGUGUUUACCACCUGCUGUCAAAAUGGUUUUGGUGAUUAUUUUGCUUGUGUUGGUUUUGAGAUAUUGGUCCACUGCUGACAAGCACUUGUGUGAUAUUCUUAUGUCAUUAAUAAUGAUGCCAUUUUUGUGCCUCUAUCUUUGUCUACUCACGAGGGUUGACAGGAAAAUGUGUCGAUAAGCAAUAUGAAUAUUUGUAUGAUUACCUGGAAUAUUAAGAGUUGAAGUAGGCCUCUAUUAGAUUAUAUGCGUAAUGAAACCGUACAGGACAUAUUGAAGGAUUUAGGGGUUUCUUAUGCGAUGAAAUAGGUGUAAGAAAGGCUGAAAAAGCCAAAAAUGCCCACCUCUCAAAAUCCAAAGGAGUUGGGGGUCGCCUGGUCCCAGAGGUAAAAUUAGCUAGAAAA